GUAACUGCUUGCUUGAUGUCGGAUUUUGAGUCGGAGGAGGAGCUGGAGCCGACAUGGAUCAGGUGGUUCUGCUCGCUCCGCGGCAACGAGUUCUUCUGCGAGGUGGAUGAGGACUUUAUCCAGGACGACUUUAACCUGACCGGGCUCUCGUCAAUGGUCCCCUACUACGAGUACGCGAUGGACAUGAUUCUCGACUGUGACACACCGAACCAGAUGUUUACCGAGGAGCAGCAGGAGAUGAUCGAGACUGCGGCGGAGAUGCUGUACGGGCUAAUCCAUGCGCGGUACAUCCUGACCAACCGUGGCCUGUCGGCGAUGGCUGACAAGUACAACCACCACCAGUUUGGCAAGUGCCCGCGGGUGUUCUGCAACGGACAGGCGGUGCUUCCGGUCGGCGAGUCGGACAUGCCGCGGACGAACACGGUCAAGGUCUUCUGCCCGCGGUGCGAGAACCUGUACAUUCCGCGCUCGCAGCGCCAGGCCAACAUCGAUGGCGCCUACUUUGGCACCACCUUUGCCCACCUCAUCUUCCACAUCUACCCCGAGAUGAUGCCCUCGCCGGCCACCCAGGAGUAUGUUCCGCGCAUCUACGGCUUCAAGAUCCAUCCCUCGGCCAAGGAGCGCAUCCUUGCCGUCAAGAAGAUGAAGAAGGCCAAGCGCAACAAGCGCAAGGAGCAGGCUGCUGCCGCCGCCAAGUAAACUCCCCACACGCACA